AUGAUUGGUGACAUCGUAGAAAGUAAACAAUGCCAACUAAAAGAUCCCAUGGAUUUGUUUAAUUCUGGGCAGGUUGUAAAAAUAUGUGCCCCUAUGGUCCGCUAUUCAAAGUUGGCCUUCAGAACCUUGGUUAGGAAAUACAGUUGUGAUUUGUGUUACACACCAAUGAUAGUGGCAGCUGAUUUUGUGAGAUCUGCAAAAGCUAGAGACAGCGAAUUCACAACAAACAAAGGUGAUCAUCCAUUGGUUGUUCAGUUUGCUGCUAAAGAAGCACAGGUUUUGUGUGAUGCUGCCCGUAUCGUCUGUCCUUUUGCAGAUGGAAUAGACCUAAACUGUGGCUGUCCUCAGAGAUGGGCGAUGGCAGAAGGUUAUGGUGCUUGCUUAAUAAAUAAACCGGAACUAGUUCAAGAUAUGGUGAGACAUGUACGGAAUCAGAUCGACAACCCCAGAUUUUCAGUAUCUAUUAAAAUAAGAAUCCUUGAAGACUUAAAAAGAACAGUUGACCUGUGUCAAAAAGCUGAAGCAACUGGAGUUUCAUGGAUUACAGUACAUGGCAGAAGUGUAGAAGAAAGACAUCAGCCUGUACAUUAUGAUGCAAUUAAAAUAAUUAAACAGAGCAUGUCUAUACCUGUUGUGGCUAAUGGAGACAUUAAAACUUUAAAAGAUGCUGAAAAUGUUCAUCACUUGACAGGAGCAGAUGGUAUAAUGGUGGCUAGAGGACUCUUAGCGAAUCCAGCUAUGUUUGCAGGAUAUGAAGAAACACCCUUGAAGUGCAUCCAGGACUGGGUUGAGAUUGCUCUUGAGCUUGGAACUCCUUUUACGUGUUUUCACCACCACUUAAUGUACAUGAUGGAACGGAUAACUUCGAAACAAGAAAAAAAAGUUUUUAACGUUUUAUCCAGUACCUCAGCAGUGCUAGAUUAUCUGAAUGACCAUUAUGGUGUGUGA